UCUUAAACAUUUUUUUCCUCCUAGGUGAAGAGUCAGACAUUGUAAAGAUCCGUGGUGCCAAGGAUGAUGUUGACCAGUGUUACACGUUCCUCAGGAAAAUGUUGAAAGAACUUAAUGAAUCAAAUUACCAGGUUAAAAUCUCUGUCUUCCGUCAGUUCUACAAAUACAUCAUUGGCAAAGGGUGGAGCAAAUAUCAGGAAGAUCAGAGAAGAAACAAGCACUCGCAUUGAACUGCCAUCAGAAGGUCAAAAGAGUAACGAGAUCACCAUUACAGGCAAAAAGGAGGAUUGUGAAAAGGCUUGUGAGAUUAUUAAGAAAAUUCAGGAUGAUUUAAUAGUUGAGGUAAACAUCUACAUCCCAGUGAAGUUACACAAGUCAUUGAUUGGUCCAAGAGGAAAAUUGCUUCGGCAUGUGAGUGAAGAGUGUGGAGGUGUAGACAUAACGUUUCCACCACCAGACAUAACCUCAGACAAGGUGACAAUUAGAGGUCCAAAGGAGGAGGUUCAUAGAGCAGAAGUGAUGCUAGAAGACCUCAGCAAUGAAAAACAACUGGCCAUCUACACUGCUGAGGAGGAAAAAGCAAAAUUAAGACUGCAGUUUGAAGGAGCGGCUCCUAUUUUAGAUCCUGAGAUCAUUGUAGAUACCUUGACAAUAGAUCCAGGAUAUCAUCAACAUUUUCUUUCAUGGAGGGGGGAAGUCCUCCCUCAAAUUAGGGAUGAAUGCAUAGGAGUGACUAUUUCUUUCCCACGGUUGGGUCUUCACGAUGACAAGGUUACCUUCAGAGGACUUAGAAAGUAUGUUGAAAGAGCUAAGGAUUACAUCCAGGAGAUGGUGAAUAAUCUUCAUGGGUUGACCUUGGAAGUAAUUAUUCCACAAAUAUAUCAUGAUUUCCUCCAGGGUGUCCGGGGCAGUAAGGUGCAGGCACUCGCCACAAAGUUCAAAGUAUACAUAAGAUUUCCUGAAAAAGACAGAGGCUAUUUUGCCAGGGGUAAACAAAAUCAUGGACAACUAAAUUGCAAGGUUAGUGAAGAGGCAGGUGUGAAGCCUCAAGACAUUGUGCGUAUUACAGGCCAGGAAGACAGAUGUAAAGUUGCUCGUGAUGCCCUUCUAAAUCUAGUGCCAGUUACUGUUGAAGAGAACAUUGCUUUCAGACACCACCGUUUCAUUAUUGGACAGAAUUUCAAAAAUAUUCUUAAUGUGAUGACAGAAUUUGAUGUGAAUAUUCAAAUGCCCAAACCAGAGGAUCAGAGUAACAUUAUCAAGAUUGUUGGCUCACCAGCCAACAUACAGCAUGCUCGGGAAGCUCUUAGAGAAAAAGUAUGUUACUUGGAAAAUAAAGAGUCGAUCCAGAAGGCAAGAAUUUUUCAGUCGUGGAUUGAAAAGGAUUCAGAAUAUAAUAAAGUCAUUAGAAAGAAAAGAUGUCUCAUCUGCAAGAUCAGGGGUAAUUGUAAGUGCAGAUAUCAGUUUCCUCCUCGCACUGAUGCAGAGGAACACAUCACCAUUGAAAAAUUAAACAAAAUGAUUAAUUCUGCAGAUAUUGAUGCCAACAUACAAUUUCGCCAUUUCAGUAAGAUAAGCUGUAAGAUGCAUAUCGGAAAGCAGUAUCAUCGUUUUCUGAUUGGCAACAAUGGAGUUAACAUCCACAAGAUUCAGUGUGAGACGGGAGCCCGCAUCAUUAUCUCCAAAAAUGAGGAUAAGGACACAGAAUUAAUUAUCAUAACUGGCAUAGAGGAUGCCAUUGAAGAGGCAAAGAGGCAGCUGAAAGCCAUUUUUGAAGAGAUUAAGUUCAUUGUAGAAGAUACCGUGACAGUAGCCGUGAAGCAUCAUCGACAUUUUAUCUCACGGAGGUGUGAGGUCCUCCGUCAAAUUAGUGACCAGUAUGGAGGAGUGAUAAUUUCUUUCCCAUGGUCAGGUGUUCAGAGAGACAAGGUUACCAUAAAAGGAGCCAGAGAGUAUGUUGAAGGAGCAAAAGCUCGCAUUAUGGAGAUAGUGAAUGAUCUUGAGGUGAACUUGGAAGUAAUUAUCCCACAAAAACAUCAUCAUUUUUUGCUGGGUGUCCAGGGCAGUAAGGUACAUGCACUCUCCACAAAGUUUAAAGUACAAAUCAGAUUCCCUAAAAAAGGUAGUAUCUCUCUUGCCAAUGGUAAACAAAGUCAAGGACAAAUAAAUGGCAAGGUUAAUGAAAAGGCAGGUGUGAGGCCUCAAGACAUUGUGCAUAUUACAGGCCAAAAAGACAGAUGUGAAGCUGCUCGUGAUGCCCUGCUAAAUCUAGUGCCAGUUACUGUUGAAGAGAACAUUACUUAUGGAUUUCUCCUCUUCAUUACUGGAAAGAAAGGCAAAAAUGCCUUUAGAAUUAUGACAAAAUACAAUGUGGUUAUUUUUGUGCCACAGUAUGGGAGUAAUAUUAUCAAGAUCACUGGUUCACCAGCCAACACAGAGUGUGCUCGGCAAGCUAUAAGAGAAAAAAUGCAUCAAUUGAAAGAAGAAGAGUCAGACCAAAAAGCAGGAUCUUUUCGGUUGCAGGUUGAGGUGGACCCUGAAUAUCAUCCAAGGAUCAUUGGAAAGAUUGAGAAUAAACAUAAUGUCACCAUUCAGUUUCCUCCUUUCAGUGAUGUAAAGAAAAAUAUCAUCACCAUCACAGGAUUUAAGAAGAAUGUACAUGAUGCAAAUGCAGCUAUUUUGGCUCUUACUAGGGAAUGGCAUAAAAUGGUGACACACACUAUUCAAAUUGAUAGCCGUUUAUAUUAUCUUGUUCGUGGUCGGACUGUCAAGAAGGUCAUGGAAAAGUUCAAGGUUACCAUAAAAGGAGCCAGAGAGUAUGUUCAAGGAGCAAAAGCUCGCAUUAUGGAGAUAGUGAAUGAUCUUGAGGUGAACUUGGAAUUUAAUUAUCCCACAAAAACAUCAUCAUUUUUUGCUGGGUGUCCAGGGCAGUAAGGUACAUGCACUCUCCACAAAGUUUAAAGUACAAAUCAGAUUCCCUAAAAAAGGUAGUAUCUCUCUUGCCAAUGGUAAACAAAGUCAAGGACAAAUAAAUGGCAAGGUUAAUGAAAAGGCAGGUGUGAGGCCUCAAGACAUUGUGCGUAUUACAGGCCAGAAAGACAGAUGUGAAGCUGCUCGUGAUGCCCUGCUAAAUCUAGUGCCAGUUACUGUUGAAGAGAACAUUACUUAUGGAUUUCUCCUCUCUUCAUUACUGGAAAGAAAGGCAAAAAUGCCUUUAGAAUUAUGACAAAAUUACAAUGUGGUUAUUUUUGUGCCACAGUAUGGGAGUAACAUUAUCAAGAUCACUGGUUCACCAGCCAACACAGAGUGUGCUCGGCAAGCUAUAAGAGAAAAAAUGCAUCAAUUGAAAGAAGAAGAGUCAGACCAAAAAGCAGGAUCUUUUCGGUUGCAGGUUGAGGUGGACCCUGAAUAUCAUCCAAGGAUCAUUGGAAAGAUUGAGAAUAAACAUAAUGUCACCAUUCAGUUUCCUCCUUUCAGUGAUGUAAAGAAAAAUAUCAUCACCAUCACAGGAUUUAAGAAGAAUGUACAUGAUGAAAAUGCAGCUAUUUUGGCUCUUACUAGGGAAUGGCAUAAAAUGGUGACACACACUAUUCAAAUUGAUAGCCGUUUAUAUUAUCUUGUUCGUGGUCAGACUGUCAAGAAGGUCAUGGAAAAGUUCAAGGUGGAGAUAAGGUUCCCUCGUGGAGAUGACUCAAACACUGUUGUGAUAAUGGGGACUCAAGAGAACAUUGACAAGUGUAGGAACCUCUUAUUUAACAUGAUGGAAGAAUAUAAGCAGAACAUCACUGAUGAAGAAGA